GAUUUUCUUUUGAUUAGUUUUUUUGAUUUUUUCUUGGGCUUUCUAUACCAACAGGCGUGUCAAUUUAUCAUUUUCUUUCUUGUGUACUAUCAAUGUGAUCCCCAACCGAUGUGUUGCUUGAUGGAGUUGAGUGGGACAUGAGAUCUCCAGCAGGUAGCUAUUCCGCGAGUGCGUUCGGCAUCAUAUGGGAUGAUUCGGCUGGGAGCCUUAGGCGAAGACGGCGAAGACGGGACUGCGGCAAGCGACGGGGCGGGAAUGCGAUUGCGGGCCUCCGUGGGUGCCCCUCGGGGUGGUCAUUCAACUCACUGGGGCAGGGUCUUUUCUCUCUCUCUCUCUCUCUGCCUGGCUCGCUUUCGGCGUUCGCCAACUUCGACCUCGCCAAAUUUCCCCUCCUAUCAGAGUUGUCGCCAGAAUUGUCGACUGGGUCAGGAACCGUCAUAGCCCAUCGCCUAGUCAAUUAAUUAAACUGGAAACCCAGCUGGCAUUUCUCUUCUCUUCUCUUCGACUGACAGACUAUUUCACCUGAGAACUCCCCUGACAUCCUC